ACCUGAUCAUUGUCUCUAUAUAUCUCUCUAUCAACAUAUAUACAUACAUACACAAUUAACCACCAUGCCGGAAGCACCAAAGAACCAACACGGUGGUUCGAAAACAGACUACACUAAUAACAAUCUAACCGAAGAAAACAAGAAAUCUCUCGAGUUCAUUGAACAAGUCACGUCGAAUCCAGACGAUGUUCAACAACGUGUGCUUUUCGAUAUCUUAACUCAAAAUGCCAACGUUGAAUACCUUGUUCGCCAUCAACUUUCGGGCCAAACUGACCGUGAAACGUUUAAAAAACUCGUACCCGUUAUCACAUAUGAAGAUCUUAAACCCGAUAUCACACGUAUUGCCAAUGGUGACAAGUCCCCUAUCCUAUCUUCUCAUCCCAUUUCUGAAUUCUUAACAAGUUCUGGGACGUCUGGGGGUGAAAGAAAGUUGAUGCCAACCAUUGAAGCCGAGCUAGGAAGAAGGUCAAUGCUGUAUAGUCUUUUGAUGCCAGUGAUGAGCCAGUUUGUGCCCGGUUUAGAUAAAGGGAAAGGGAUGUAUUUCUUGUUUGUCAAAUCCGAAGCCAAGACUCCGGGCGGGCUUGUAGCCCGACCCGUUUUGACUAGCUACUACAAAAGUAACCAUUUCAAGGAAAGACCAUAUGACCCAUAUACCAACUACACUAGCCCAAAUGAAACCAUUUUGUGUCAAGAUUCUUAUCAAAGCAUGUACUCACAAAUGCUUUGUGGGUUGUUCUUAAAUCGACAAGUUCUCCGAGUCGGUGCUGUUUUUGCUUCUGGGUUCAUCCGUGCCAUAACGUUCUUGGAGAAUAACUGGAUGGAUCUCUGCAAAGAUAUCCGAACUGGCACGGUGAACCAAGAAGUGAUCACCGACCCGGAUGUUAAAAAAGCUGUGCUCCGGGUCUUGAAACCAGACCCGGAGCUUGCAGACUUUAUCGAGCAUGAAUGCUCGAAAAAGUCAUGGCAAGGGAUUAUUACAAGACUUUGGCCCAACACAAAAUAUGUUGAUGUGAUAGUUACCGGGACCAUGUCACAAUACAUUCGCACACUUGAUUACUAUAGUAAUGGGCUCCCUCUUGUUUGCACUAUGUAUGCCUCUUCUGAAUGUUACUUUGGUGUCAAUCUUAACCCACUUUGUAAACCUAGUGAGGUUUCAUACACCAUCAUUCCCACCAUGGCUUAUUUCGAAUUCUUGCCUCUUGGUACCAAUGAAGAAGAAACACAAAACCUUAUUGAUCUUUCAGAGGUUCAACUCGGACAAUAUUAUGAGCUUGUUGUCACCACCUAUGCUGGAUUAUACAGGUAUAGAGUUGGUGAUGUUUUGAGGGUGGCAGGAUUCAAGAACAAAGCACCACAAUUCAAUUUCAUUUGUCGGAAAAAUGUGGCUUUGAGUAUAGAUGCAGAUAAAACCGAUGAAGUUGAAUUGCACCAAGCAGUCGAAAAGGCAUCGGCCCAUUUGGUCCCAUAUGAUGCGACUCUGACCGAGUACACAAGCUUUGCUGACACUACCACAAUCCCGGGCCACUACGUGAUCUUUUGGGAGCUAAGUGUAAAUGGGCCAACCCAAGUCCCACCAUCCGUGCUCGAAGACUGCUGUCUAGCCAUCGAAGAGUCGCUCAACAGUGUUUACCGACAGGGUCGGGCUGCUGACAAGUCAAUCGGGCCACUUGAGAUCAAGGUAGUGGAGAAUGGGACAUUUGAUAAACUCAUGGACUAUGCAAUAAGUUUAGGUGCUUCCUUCAACCAGUACAAAACACCAAGGUGUGUGAAAUAUGAACCCAUUAUCGAGCUAUUGAGCUCGAAGGUGGUGUCGAGUUACUUUAGCCCGAAAUGCCCUAAAUGGGUUCCGGGUCAUAAGCAGUGGAACAGCAUAAAUUAAAGCUUGAUUGACUUUGAAGGUGGUAUGGUUAUGGAACAAGAAAUGUGAUUUAGAUAGGAAAUGAAAUGGGCUUAAGAUAAACAAAUCUAUGUACAAAACAGUUUGCUGUUUUAAGAAGUGAUGAUGGUUGUUUUUGAUCUAUUUAUGGAAAUAAUUAUUAUUAUCAUAAUUAAUGUAAUAG